AUGGCGUCUCGGAGAGUCUUAUCAUCUCUUCUCCGUUCAUCCUCCAGCAGAUCUGCUGCCAAAUUCGGUAGCCGCAACCCUAGGCUUUCGUCUCCUUCCCCCGCUCGCUGCGCUGCUCCUUUUGGUAACCUCCUCGGACGCGUCGCCGAGUAUUCGACCUCGUCACCGGCUAGCUCAGCUUCGCCAUCCUCUGCUCCAGCAAAGGAUGAGGCGAAGAAGACUUAUGAUUAUGGUGGCAAAGGUGCGAUCGGGAAGGUCUGCCAGGUCAUUGGUGCCAUUGUGGAUGUGAGAUUCGAAGAUCAGGAGGGAUUGCCUCCGAUCAUGACAUCCCUCGAGGUGCAGGAUCACCCCACAAGGCUGGUGCUUGAGGUGUCUCACCAUUUGGGUCAAAAUGUCGUCAGGACCAUUGCUAUGGAUGGUACUGAAGGUCUCGUCCGUGGAAGGCGCGUUCUCAAUACCGGUGCUCCAAUCACUGUCCCUGUUGGAAGAGCUACCCUUGGACGUAUCAUGAAUGUUCUCGGAGAACCCAUCGACGAGAGAGGCGAAAUUAAAACCGAUCACUACCUACCCAUCCACAGGGAUGCUCCGGCUUUGGUUGAUCUAGCCACCGGGCAGGAGAUCCUUGCUACUGGUAUUAAGGUUGUUGAUCUCCUUGCGCCUUACCAAAGAGGAGGAAAGAUUGGGCUCUUUGGAGGUGCUGGUGUCGGGAAAACUGUGCUCAUUAUGGAGCUGAUCAACAAUGUGGCCAAAGCUCAUGGUGGUUUCUCCGUGUUUGCUGGUGUGGGAGAACGAACCCGUGAAGGCAAUGACUUGUACAGAGAAAUGAUUGAGAGUGGUGUCAUCAAGCUAGGCGAGAAGCAGAUGGAGAGCAAAUGUGCUCUAGUGUAUGGACAAAUGAUGUCUUGUUGUUUGCUCUAUAUUGAUGAAGAGAUCCCAACUCUGGCUUCUGAUCUUGGUGCUCUUCAAGAGCGAAUCACAACCACCAAGAAAGGUUCUAUCACCUCAGUCCAAGCCAUCUACGUCCCUGCUGAUGAUUUGACAGAUCCUGCUCCUGCCACAACUUUUGCUCACUUGGACGCCACAACUGUGCUAUCUAGACAGAUUUCUGAGCUCGGUAUCUAUCCUGCUGUGGAUCCUUUGGAUUCAACAUCCCGUAUGCUCUCACCUCACAUUCUGGGUGAGGAUCACUACAACACGGCCCGUGGUGUGCAGAAGGUUCUUCAGAACUACAAGAAUUUGCAAGAUAUUAUCGCCAUUUUGGGAAUGGAUGAGCUAAGUGAAGAUGACAAGUUGACUGUUGCCCGUGCCCGUAAGAUCCAGAGAUUCUUGAGUCAACCAUUCCAUGUUGCUGAGAUCUUCACGGGUGCUCCCGGAAAAUACGUCGAUCUUAAGGAAAACAUCAACAGUUUCCAGGGUCUGCUCGAUGGUAAGUACGAUGAUCUGCCUGAACAAUCGUUCUACAUGGUUGGAGGUAUCGAUGAGGUUGUUGCUAAGGCAGAGAAGAUCUCCAAGGAGUCAGCAGCUUAA